GUGGGGGUGGAAGCGUGGGGAAUCGGCUCCGUCAUGGGGCUCCGGUGUCCCCCCAUUUCCCCUGGAAAUGGACGGCGCGUCCUUUGAGAGCCUUAGGAACCGUCCUGCCGAGCCUCUCCCCGGGGCCUCUCACAGGGACGCUCAGCUCCCCAUCUGUUCCCAGCAGGGACUUUGACCGUUCUCCAAAACAAGCUGAGCUCUGCCUCGGUCUUUCCCUCUCAGGAAGCUCUGGGUUUUUUGUUUCGUUUUUCAAGGUUUGCCUUCCGGGACUUGAGGAGUAUUCAAAAUCUUGGAGAGGGCUUGGAUAAUUAGCAGAAAGCUCAGAAAGAAACUAUGGAGUCGCCCUGUAUCGCAGCGUUUGUGCCCUAAGCAAGAUGCAUCCUCACCACUGAAAGGCUUGGGAACAUAACCUAUUCUGGAAUGUCUUUGAAAAAUUUGUGUCACAAAGUUGCUUGAUUUAAAGACACAGCCAUCGAGAGAAGAUGCCUGACCGUGAUCACACCUAUAAUGGCAGUGGGAGCGAUGAGGCCAGUGCCAACUCAGACGACAUCUGCCGAGAUUUCCUGCGUAACGUCUGCAAGCGGGGCAAACGCUGUCGUUUCCGCCACCCUGACAUCAACGAGGUGACCAAUUUGGGGGUUAGCAAGAAUGAGUUCAUCUUUUGCCACGAUUUUCAGAACAAGGAGUGUGUCCGCAUCAACUGCCGCUUCAUCCAUGGUACCAAGGAGGAUGAGGACUGUUACAAAAAGACUGGGGAGCUUCCCCCACGUCUCCGCCAGAAAGUGGCAGCCGGGCUUGGCCUGUCGCCAGCCGAUCUCCCCAACAGCAAGGAGGAAGUUCCCAUUUGUCGAGAUUUUCUCAAGGGGGAUUGCCAGCGUGGGGCCAAGUGCAAAUUCCAGCACCUGCAGCGGGACUAUGAGUACGACGCCCGGGGCCUGGCCACCCGGGAACAGGGUAUCACCACCCCUGUGCGUCGAUAUGACCCCUAUGACCCCAUGUAUGACUCGGACAGAUGCUACGAUGACCAUGACCCAGUACUCAAAAGGCGGCGCGUGGAUGGUCUACACUUUGAAACCUAUGAAUACAACUUCACCAGUCCACGCACAGUGGAGUAUCGUCUCCUGGAGGAAGAAAACAUCAUGCUCCGCAAACGAGUGGAGGACCUGAAGAAGCAGGUCAACAACCUCCUGGCCACCAAUGAGGUCCUUUUGGAACAGAAUGCCCAGUUCCGCAACCAGGCCAAAGUGAUGACCCUCAGCUCCACGGCUACAGCGACCGAGCAGACUCUGGCCCCAACUGUGGGCACUGUGACCAACUAUAACCAUAGCAUCGCCCAGACUCACACGACUCUGAGCAGCCAAGCCCUGCAGCCACGGCCCGUCUCCCAGCAGGACUUGGUAGCCCCUGCCGGAGCCCAGGCAGCCCCCCCGAGCAACGCGGCCCCUCCUAUGAACCCUGAAAUCACCCCGCUGUCAGCGGCGCUGGCUCAGACCAUCGCCCAGGGAAUGGCGCCCCCAGUAUCCAUGGCCCCCGUAGCAGUAUCCGUAGCCCCGGUGGCGGUGUCAAUGGCUCAGCCGCUGGGGGGCAUUACCAUGAGCCACGCCACCACUCCCAUGGUGACCUACCCCAUCGCCUCCCAGAGCAUGAGGAUCACAGCCAUGCCCCACUAGCCCACGCUCAGAGGGAGCGCCAUCGCUCAGCUCAGGCCGUGCUGUUCCUGGAUCAAGGGUGGACACACAUCCUGUGGAAAAACCAGGAAAAAGAGGUGAUGCUGAUUCCACAUGUGGAUCUUAAGGCCCCUGGAAUGCUUCUGGGGAAGGACCCUGACUUGGGUUGGCCUUUGGUCUAAAGCAGGCGUGUGGGCUCUCUUUCGCCGUGCCAGCAGAGCCCAGGCAUAACAGCAUCACCACCACUGAGGCAUUUGGAAAGUAUAGCAAUCUCAGAGCCUUUUCUCUUCAUCUUACUUCUGUUUUGCCGUUUGUCUGUUCUCGUCGUAAGUCCUCCAACAGUGCUUCUGCGUGUAAUGACUGAGCAAAUGUUCCAGCCUGUGGACUGCAGAGCCUGUGGUGGGGCUGAGCAGAGGGAACACACAGUUCGCUCCCUGGUACUUGGAGUGGAGGACAGCUUUUCUUAGCUUGGUCUGAUGAAAGGGCAGAGACUCAAAACAAUAGCAGCUCCGCAGACUGAGCCAGCCUGAAUUUUUGCACUCUUUUUCUUGGUGUAGAAAGGCAGGGUCCAGGCACCUGGAAAAUACUAACUUAAGUUAAUUUGGUUUAAUAGAUGAUAAACUGGAAAGAGUUGUAGGAAAUAGAAGGUCCCCAACUUUUGGUUCUGGAAAGAACAGAGAAACAGGAAGACAAAUUACACACGCGCAGCAUUGCAUAGUUUGAUAGUUUGUAGAGUGGAGCUGCUUGCGUGUAUGUGUAUAUGUGUGUGUAUCCACACACUGCGUGGAUACACACGCACAUGUAGAUGGCAUCUCUCUAUAUGAAUGCUGAGGCUUCAAAGAGUCCAGGGUUUAGUGACGGGAUCUCUUGCCACUGAGCAGCAGAAUUUUUUAUUGAAACCGACAAUCUGGCAAACCAGAACAACAAACUUGUUUCCCCCCACUUGCCUGUUCUUUCCACGUUAUUGCUUUCUGGCUCUAUUUUGUGUCUGAAUUCCUCUCACAUCCAAGGACUUUGUGGUAGGAACCUACCUGCUGUAUGUUACUUCACUUUUUGUUUUACAAUGCACCACUCUUAAAAAAUACGGAUAUCUUCCCUCAGCAUGUCUUUUUUGGUUUUAUUUCCUGGAGGGUGGGUGGGUGUUUUUCCUUUUUUUAAUGUGAACUUCAGCUCCUCCUUGGGUCUGAAGUAGCCGUUUCUAUUAGAAUGAUUUAAAGAAGGUGAGAAGAAUGUUUGGUGACCCAACUGUUUCUACAGUUAACAGUGUAAAUGUUUUCAGCUAUUAAAACAAAUGUACAGUCCUCACAUA